AUGCCGCAUCUACAAAAUCACCUUGUCGCGCAAGGCACAACAUUCCAGCGGCACUAUUGCACGAUCGCUCUAUGCUGCCCAUCACGCGUCAGUCUAUGGACCGGAAGGGCAGCGCAUAACACGAAUGUUACAGAUGUGAACCCUCCAUAUGGUGGCUACCCCAAAUUCGUCAGCCAGGGCUUCAACGAGGCUUGGUUACCAUUGUGGUUGCAGCAAGCAGGAUACAGCACUUACUAUACCGGCAAGUUGUUCAACUCGCACACCCUGAGCAACUACGACUCUCCAUUCCCAUCAGGCCUCAACGGCUCCGACUUCUUGCUGGAUCCACAUACCUACGAGUAUCUCAAUGCGAGCUUCCAGCGCAAUCGAGAGCCUCCUGUCAGUCAUGAGGGAGAGUACUCGACCGAUGUCCUCGCAAAGAAGGCCUUGGGGUUUCUGGAUGCCGCUAUUGACAGCAAGACACCAUUCUUUCUGACGAUUGCACCAAAUGCACCCCACAGCAACGUCCAAUUUCAUGGAGAGUGGUUCGAUAAUAAUGUGUCUGCACAUACUAUUGAGACCAGUCCACCGAUCCCAGCGGAGAGGCACAAACAUCUAUUCCCAGAUGCUCGAGUGCCACGAACAUCAAACUUCAAUCCAGACGAGGUGAGCGGCGUGUCAUGGGUUGCAAAGCUUGAGCGCCAGAACCAGACCAAUGUGGACGCUAAUGACGAAUUCUACCGCAACAGACUGCGAGCACUACAUGCUGUUGAUGAGAUUGUGGACGGCGUCUUCUCACAUCUGGCGGGUGCAGGCAUUCUAGACAACACAUAUGUGUUCUAUUCCAGCGACAAUGGCUACCACAUCGGACAACAUCGCCUCCAGCCUGGGAAAGAAUGCGGCUACGAGGAAGAUAUCAACGUGCCACUGAUCGUAAGAGGUCCAGGUGUGCCGAAGGGCUAUAUCAGUGACAUUGUCACCUCUCACACCGAUCUCGCGCCUACGUUCUUGUCGUUAGUUGGAGGACAAUUGCGCUCCGACUUUGACGGUGUCGCAAUUCCACUCUCACAGGAAGGGCUCUCCGAUGCUAUCAGUGACCGACACGAGCAUGUCAAUGUUGAGUACUGGGGCUUUGCCUUGACCGAAGGAGACUACGACAAGACUGUUUACUGGAACAACACAUACAAAGCAUUACGUGUGAUCGGAAAGGACUACAAUCUGUACUAUAGCGUGUGGUGUAGUGGCGAGCAUGAGCUCUACGACAUGAUAACCGACCCGUACCAGAUGCACAACUUGUACAAUCGCAACCAUUCCGAGACUUUCAGGUUCGAUCAGCAACUAUUACAGGGUACUUCCAAGAGCACCAAAUUGGCGCACCUUCUGUCACGGCUUGACUCGCUCGUUCUUGUUCUGAAGACCUGCAAAGCGAAGGAGUGUACGCAGCCUGGGGCGUGCUGCACCCUGCGGGAGACGUCAAGGAUCUGCAUGAUGCACUGA